AUGAGCAUCACCAUCGACCAGGCCACGCCCGCCGAAGCGGCACAGAUCGAAUCGCUGCUCGACCGGACCUUCGGCUACGGGCGCACCCAGAAGACCGUCUACCGCCUGCGCGAGGGCAUCGCGCCGGUGCCGGGGCUGUCCUUCGUGGCGCGCCACGCCGACGGCGGCCUGAUGGCGUCGAUCCGCUACUGGCCGAUCCUGAUCGACGAGACCCCGGCCAUCCUGCUCGGCCCGCUGGCCGUCGAGCCGGCGCUGCAGGGACAGGGCUACGGCAAGACGCUGGUCCGCCACAGCCUCAGUGAGGCCAAGCGCCAGGGCCACCGGCUCUGCGUCGUGGUCGGCCCGCCGGAGUAUUACGGCCCCUUCGGCUUCACCUCGGCGCCGGCGGCGGGCCUGGUGCUGCCCGGCCCGGUCGAGCCGGAGCGCUUCCAGGUUCUGGAGCUGCAGGCCGGCGCGCUGGAGGGCGUGUGGGGGCUGAUCCAACGGGCCGAGACCGCCGCCGACACCGGGUCCGUCGCCCGGGCGGCGGGACGCGGCCGCCACGCCUGA